CAAUAUUUGCCGCACAGUGCGUUGUGAAAUCGAGUGCGCAUACACCGAUUGCUAUAUGCAUGUCUGACUGCCCAUCUUGGCUAUUGCAUACGCACACUGUACACACGUCCUACCAGAUCAGUUUACCCAGAAACCGGUGGGGAUUGCCUACAGGGGUGCCAGAACGUUGAAAACGGCGGCCGUCUUGCGUGAGAGAUCAGUUCACGACCUGGAGGCACUAUGCGCCUUAUCUUCUUCAUUGCAGUUUGUGUUUCAGCACUACCCUCCAGCAGCACCCAGCCUUUCCAGUGUUUAAACGGUACCAAACUCUUCACCGAGUGUUCAGCGCAAAUCCAAGGGACUCCCGUGGAACGGCUCUUCAGGGACAGCAACUUCAAGUUCAACAACUUGACAUCUAUUCUUUCAGCUGUAAGGAUGACCUUCUGCCAGCCUACGAUCAAAGCUGCUCUUUUAAACGUCUAUGGAUGCAUGCGUGGGAAGCUCAUCACAUGCCUCCCAUCCGAUUGGCGAAGAAUAAUCCCAUCCCUUGACCAUACAAAACAGGCUUUCGACUACACGUGUAAUAAUAUCAACGAUGUGGACGCUCCAUGUUUGGAAUCUCCGGAUAGGACAAUGAUCGUCACUAACUGUCUUCGGGAUGGCUUCCAGGGAGGUCCAGAUUUCUCCACGGCUGAUGAAUAUGUCACAUUCGCCUGCAGAGUAUCGCUGUUGCUGGAUACCUGCGUUGAGAAAGCCUUUGGUUCCUGUCCGAAGAGAACAGCAGAGGUCCUGAAAGAAGUGAACAAGUACAAUAGACCAGCUGGCUGUGACGCUUGUGUCUCCCAGCCGUCUCUACUCCUCCUGUUGGUCUCAGUGUUGACAUUCAUGCUGGCUUUGUUCAAGUAGCUACCCUAGUGACAUACCCCAUUCUACACAUAUAUGUGUGCUGGAGCUGUUGUUUUCUUUACUUAUGAACAUAUACUCAUGGAAACAAAUAAGGGAACACAUGAAACUAUAAGUGUUCCUUUUUUUAUUUCCAGAAUUUGACCCACAGUGCAAUACAUACCUGGUGAAGAAAGCUGGAAAAGAAUAAAGGAACACUUGUACUUUCAUGUGUUCCCUUAUUUGUUUCCAUGAGUAUAUUUCGAAACAAACAGGGAAAUCGAAAUAAUUUAACUAGGGGCGAGGGGGUAUAUGUCCUGUGUAUGGGUGUCUAGAUCUGAUAGAUUCUCCUGGUGGUCUGUGCUGCCAUUCCAAACAAUUGUCUACUUGUGAAGAUGACGUAACCUGACUUCAACGUCAUAUUGGGGUGAUGCAGCCUAGGGAUCAUGCAACUGCUUUAACGGAUUGUUCAAGUCUACCCAUGGUAACCACACGUUGCUGAUUUGUGAGACGCGGCAGAGUCGCCUUUUGACGAAAAAUCCUGUUUAGCAAUGUCUGAGUUUGCACGUGAUUGUUGUGUUUCAACAGCCUACAUGUCAUUGUUGUGUGUACAUGUAUGCCACAAUAUGAACCUACAAAGAAUUACCCGUUCACAAUUGCUAUGUAAAAUGUAGGUGUCAAGUUUCUAAUUUUGUUGAGUAUAUAUAAUUUAAAGGGGUGGAAUGUUGCUGGUAGUGGAGUAUUUCUAUCGAUAUGGCAUUUUGUGGAUUAAUAGAAACAUGUUGGUUAUGCUACAUAAGAAGAGGGGACUGUGUAGUUGAAUUAACUCUGUACAAAAUAGAGCUGCAACCUGUUUUUGGUGCUGGUAAAAACAUUCCAAAUUUAGCUCUUGUGCUCUCCGUCUGAAAGUCAAGCUUGGUAGAUUUAGUCGUCGAAAGAUCCCGUUACAGGAAAUAAUAUGUAAGCUUUGUAGCACUAAUACUGUCGAGGAUGAAACUCACUGUUUAAUUAGCUGUGAUUUUGAUUCUGAUGCUUGAUGUGGUCUGUGGAAGGAACUGUUUCUUUCUAUCCCUUAUUCGUAAACAUGUCUCCAACAGAUCAGACACUCCUUCUCAAGCAAAAUGAGAGGUUAAACCCAAACUGGUGCAACUAGACCUCGAAAAGACAAAGCCGGUGUUCUGUAAUAGCUGUAUUUCCCAUCUUUAUAGCUGUAUUUCCCAUCUUUAUGAGUGCUAAUCGUUUAAGAUGGCUUUGUAACAUUAUUGUUAUUUUUUACUUUUACAAUUUAAUAAUACCUUUAAUAUUGGAUAUUCAUUAUUGGAUAUGUAUAUAACGCACAUAUCCACGCACUAGUGCAUGCUCAAGGCGUUGGUAUUUUCCCCCUCGAUCAUUGGAUGUCAAUCUCAACGACACAUGUUAUUAUCAAUCUCAGCUCCCUGGGGAUCAUACAACUCUUGCUGCCACAAGGCGCCCCGCGUUAUUGCGGCUUUCCCAUCCUUACCUUUAAUUUUUUAUGUCUCAUUGGCCUGAUCCUCAGGCUGAUGGCCAAGUGUCUGUAGUUUUGUAUAUUCCGCCUUUCGAACUAACUGUUAUGUAUUUACACACAUGUGCCAUCUGAAUAAACCAUUCUUUUUCUAA